UUUGAUUGAGGUGGGAGGGAGGGAGAUUGUUCCACAAGAGCACCAUAUGUGCUGUGCAUCUUGAAUUCCCUGUAUGAGAUUGACUCCCAUGCACAACAGUGUUCAAGAACUAUGGAAAGUAAUGCAUUGAUUUGUGAUAUCUGCACUCAUUCAAAUGGAAAAGAGGCAUCUUCCUAGUAAUAAAACAGUCUUUUAUGAACAGAGAAACUGUGAAUCUGAAGCUUUCCUGUUCAGUAUAAUGUGCACUGCAUUCAGUGUUAUUUACUGAAUCUUAGUGGCUUUUCUUUGCUCAGCCACACGGUGGUAGUACAGGCAAAGACAUGAACUGGAAUUCAGAAUUUUGUGAAGGAACUCACAGGAAGCCAUGAGCAAAAAGGUGGCUGGAACGAAGGACGGGUGACUUUCAUACGCAAUAAAGAGAUAACAUAAAGCACAGCAAAGCCAUCAACACGGCAGCAUCAAAUUCAUUUCUGCAGCAGCAGAGAUUAUCAUUGAAUGACUGUCAGAAACUUCAUCUUUUGGCCAGAGAUUCUUGAGCCAUGGGAGACAGCUACAGAAAGGAACAAGGUCUGUAUUUUUUGCUUUUCCUUUGUCUUCCUGGAGCACUGAGUAUUUCACUUCACUAUUCUGUGCCUGAAGAAAAGAAAAGGGGGUCUUUGGUGGCUAAUGUGCUGGAGGAUUUGAAACUGGGAACAGGGGAGCUCUCUGCUCGCAGAGCCCAGCUGGUUUCUAAGAACACUAAGCAUUAUUUUCAACUUGAUACCAAGACUGGGAAUUUGUUGAUAAAUGAUAAAAUAGACCGAGAAACAUUAUGUGGCCAGACUGAUCCUUGCUUAUUACAGUCUGAAAUUGUGUUGCAAAAUCCCUUAAAAAUCUACAGUAUUGAAAUCAAGAUAGAAGAUGUGAAUGAUAAUGUCCCCAAAUUCUCUAAAAAGGCAUUUGAUCUGGAAAUUCCUGAAAAUGUCUCUCCAAAUACACAUUUCCCUUUGGAAUCUGCCCAAGAUGAGGACCUGGGGAUAAAUAACAUCCAAAACUACACUCUCAGUCCCAAUGAACAUUUCCGGCUGGAUGUUAAAAGUGAAGAAGAUGGAAACAAGUAUGUGGAUCUUGUCCUGGAGAAGCCACUGGACAGGGAGAAGGACUCACACUUUGGUCUGACUCUCACAGCUGUGGAUGGAGGGGAACCACAAAGAACAGGCACAGUUAAAAUAAAUAUUGAUGUUCUUGACAUCAAUGACAAUUCCCCAGAGUUUACUCAUUCAGAAUAUAAAGUAAGGUUAAAGGAAAACAGCCCACAGGGUGCUCUGGUCUUCAAAGUGGGAGCUACAGAUUUGGAUUUUGGCUCAAAUGCACAGAUCACCUACUCAUUCCACCGGGUACCAGAAAAAAUAUAUGAUCUGUUUCACCUAAAUGAAAUCACGGGGGAAAUCACCCUUUCUGGUCAGCUUGAUUAUGAAAAAGAAACCAGCUAUGGCAUGAGCAUCAGAGCAACAGAUGGAGGGGGUCUUUCAGGUCAUUGCAAGGUCCUGGUAGACGUUGAAGACGUGAAUGAUAAUGUCCCUGAAGUGUCCGUCAUAUCCAUCAAUAGUCCUCUGGCAGAGGAUUCUCCCCUGGAGACACUUGUGGCUCUCUUCACUGUCACAGAUCGAGACUCCGGAGACAAUGGCAGAACCAUGUGCUCUGUGGAGGCAAAGCUUCCUUUUAUGUUAAAACUCACUAUGAAUAACUAUUACCAGCUUGUGGUCCAAAGUCCCUUGGACAGAGAGAAGGUCUCAGAGUAUAAUAUCACCAUCACAGCUGUAGACAAUGGCUCCCCCAGGCUCACUUCAACAAGAAUUAUUAACAUUCAGAUCUCAGAUGUCAAUGACAACCCUCCAGUAUUUGAAAAGUCUUCAUGUGAAAUGCAGAUACGGGAAAACAAUAUUCCAGGACUGCUCAUUGGCUCAGUCCGUGCUGCAGAUCUGGACACUGAGAAGAAUGCCAAGGUCACCUACUCCCUUUUGCCUGGGAAGGUCACUGAUGGCCUUGUGGCCUCUUACAUCUCGGUCAACUCUGAAAGCGGAAAUCUGUAUGCCCUCCGAUCUCUGGAUUAUGAACAGAUCAAAGAUUUCAAAGUGACGGUGAGGGCUACAGAUGGAGGGUCUCCUCCCCUGAGCUCAGAAGUUAGUGUUCGAGUCGUAAUCCUAGACGAAAACGACAACGCUCCCUUCUUCCUCUACCCUCUUCAGAACAGCACAUCCCCCUGCAAUGAGCUGGUCCCCAAGUCGGUGGAGGCCGGCUACCUGGUCACCAAGGUGGUGGCUGUGGAUGGAGAUUCUGGCCAGAACUCGUGGCUUUCCUAUGAGCUGCUGAAGGCCACAGACCCUGGUCUUUUCAGCAUAGGAGCCCAGAAUGGGGAAGUGAGAACCAGGAGAGCCCUGACCGAGCGAGACACCAGCAAGCAGAGGCUCCUGAUAGUGGUCAGGGACAACGGGCUCCCUCCCCAGAGCAGCACUGCCAUGCUCCAUGUCCUUCCCGUGGGUGGCUUUUCGGAUCCUUAUAUGAAGGCUGUGGAGGUCAGUAAAGAGGAGCACGAAGAAGAUGGGACCUUGACCUUGUAUCUGGUGAUCUGCCUGGCUGCAGUCUCCUUUGUGUUCCUCGUUUGCAUUGUUUCCUUUGCUGCCAUCAAGAUCUGCAGGAGGGAUUCCAGGGAAAGUUUUAUCGCUGCCCCUCCUCACUUCCCACCUGCCAGACCCGACAUCCCAGAGAACUGUGGCGAUUCUCAGAGCGGGUCUCUUUCCAGGAGUUACCACUACGAUGUUUGCUUAACCGGUGGGUCCUUGAGCAGCGAGUUCAGGUUCCUCAGGCCCCUCAUUCCUGUUUUUUCUGUGGGGGACCCAAACCUCAAUGUGAACCAGACCACUCCUUCUGCUUUCCAAGAUAUUCCUGACCAGGCGGGGAAAGAAGAAUCAGAGGAAAAGGUGAAAUAAUUUCCAAAUACACCAGUUAGUCACUUUGACAUUGAUAAUUCUUU